AUGGAUAAUGUCACGCAAAGUAGUAGAAAUGAAGCAAAUUCGACUCACAGUACUCCAAUGCGAGUACGACAAUUAGGAAUUUCAGAAACAACCCCAAAGCGGAGAGGAAUACUCAAAUCAGUUUCAAACGUAACAAAUAAUAAACCUCCGUCAACUGUACCUUCGGUUACCUUCAAUGAGCCAAAGCUAAAAGAACGCAAUCAUAAUUCGGGAUUAAUUAAA